CCCGCGGUGCAUGCUGGGGCGGUCUCCUUUGGCAACGCAGGCCCUCCGGCUGUCCCGAGGCAAUGCCGCGAGGGCGCGGUGGCGGUGGCGGCGGCGGUGGCGUGCGCCAUGCCCCCGCCGCUUCCGCGCCCUUGGCGAACGCCAGCUACUACGAAAGGGUGGGCCAGCUCCAGCAGGCACUGCGGGACAGUGAAAAGAAGAGACUGGUCCUGGAAAACCAGCUUUAUGAAUACAACAAGUCUGAUAAGUACAGAGCUAAGAUGAAAUGCACAAAACUAAAGAAAUACCUGAAGGAAAUAUGUGAAUCUGAAAGGAGGGCUCGUGUUCGAAACCAAGGCUAUUUACAGAAGUUCGAGCGUGUCCAGGCUUAUGUUGAACAGUUGACCGUAAAUACAGAGAAGCUUCAAAGACUGAAGACUGAAUAUGAGGCUGAAAUGAAGAGGAUGCGCUUACUGUUGAAAGACAACAUGGGAACAAAGGACGAAGACAGAGCAAAGGAUGCAGUGCAGGCAGGAAUUAACUCAAGGACAGCCAUGUCAAGAGGAUUGUAUCAACCAGCAGCAAUCUUUAUGGGCCGCCAAAUGUCAGCCAUCUCAAGCAUUGAAGAUUUCAGUGCAGAGCAGAAAUCUAACCAACCCACAAAGAACUUUAUAAUCCCUGACCCACAUUCACACCAACAGACAGCCCCGAGCAGUUGUGUGACAGACAGCUGUGUAGCACAAACUAACGGUGACACACAGUGCUUAAACAAGGCUGACAACGUGGAUGGAAAGGCAUCUCUUCAGAUGGGCGAGAGAACGCCACUCACAAGCUGUGCAUUGUCUGAGGAAGAACUAACUCGGUGCUUGGAGAUAGGAAGCAGCACACGUCACAGUGAGGGUAAUUUAUCUGAAGGCAGAAAGUCUGCCGAACCCCAUUCCUUGUUGCAGGAAAGAUUAAGUCCAGAGAACAGAACCGCUGAUUUAAAGUGUGACAGUUCCAGCAGAUCGGAGGGAUCAGACGGAGAAAUACUGACACAAGAACAUAUUGAAGUCGGGGAAGAAAGAGCCAGCCCGCUGGUCCCGCUGAUAUCAGUUUCAGAGCACCGUGCAUCUGCAAAUAAAUGGGCUGGAGAGAAGCAUUCCGCGUGGGGAGGCCUCUCAGGCGAGAUGACAGACCAAGAUGAUCUUGCCCGUGGGGACCCGAAGUCACAAGAGGUCUUCCUACACAUGCGAGCAGAGCAGGAGGAGGAAAGUUCAUGCAGCAGCAGUGACCUCACAGUUUCUGUAAGUGAAGAUGAUCUGAUUUUAGAGAAUCUGGAGUUACUGCCAAAUCCAGGAGCCAAGAGGGAGGGUGACCAUGAAAUGCAGGCCACACGAUCAGCCUACACUGAGCAGCAGAGAGAUUCGCUCUUCACUGACUAUGUUUUGCGGACCCAAGGCUUUCCUGAUUCAAAGAAGGAAUCCUCCCUGGACUCACCAAGACAAGCUGAACAAGUACCAGAUUGGCACUUACUGAAGACACAAGAGCAGUGUGUGAAGGAACGUGAUAAUUCUCUUAAGGAAGAGGCAACAGCAUUAUUGAAAAAAGUCCUUACAGAAGAAUGUGACCGUAGGUCAGCUAUUCACAGUAAUGAAUCAUCUUGCAGCAUGCCGUCUAUUCUGAAGGACAAUGACGGAAUAAAGGAGGCAAAACCCACUCUGCGGCUCAACAGUGUUCUUACAAGGGAACAAGAAGUUUCAAGUGGCUGCGGAGAUGAGAGCAAGGAAGAAAGCAUAGCUGCGGCUCCAGUCACAGGACACAGAGAGGCAAAUCUAGUGCCCUCAGAACUGUUUCAGUUCAGCUUGGGAGCAGCUAUGAAAGAAACAAAAGCCUACCAGUUACUGAAGAAGUCUACCCUUCAGGAUAAUUCAAAUGAAACUGAAGAGAGAUUUGGAAGUCAAUUUUCAAGUUUGGAUAUUGGCAACAACACAUUGAAAACAAAGACAGCCCACAAAAUCGCUUCGGAAGCUAGUUUUUCUUCUAGUGAAGGAAGUCCUUUGUCAAGGCAUGAAAGCAAAAGGGAUCCAGUGACCACGAUAAAGUCGAAUGCUUUCUGGGGAGAGUCUGAUGACAGCAACUCUGAAAUUGAAGCUGCCCUACGUCCUAGAGACCAUGACAUGUCUGAUGAUUUUGACGAUUUUUAUGACACAUAAGCUGUUACAUGCUGGAAAUAAAGUCUUCAGACAAACUGUCA